AUGGCAAUUCGACGCGGCUCCAAGCGCAAGAUUUGGUUUUACCUCAUCAAACGGAGAAAUGUCAACGAGCCUAGCUGGCAACCAGCCGCCAUUGUAUCCGCUCAGAGCCCCGUGCUGGCUACGCAAUUCGAAGCCCACCAAGGCAAUCCACAGCAAUACCAACAGGACAGCCCGGAUAUUCACGGAACCUCCAACAUACCCAUGAACCAGCUACAAUUCGACCCUGCCGCUCCACCAAUGCACGAAGGAAAUAACGGGACUUCCGCCAGACCAGAGCAUGAGCCCACGACCUCACGACCAGGAUACAGCGGAGAUGCCACAACACAGAGUUGCCGAGACUCCCCCGCGGAUCCUUGA